AUGAAAUACCUGACGACCUCGAAAAGCCGAUUCCUCAACCCUGACCACAACCGCGUACUUCACGCCUUGCUGAAACAUACUUUUUAUGUCCAGUUCUGUGCUGGAGAGACGCCCGUGGAGGUUCGAAGAACGAUUCAGAGUCUGAAACAUAUCGGGUACAAAGGGGUAGUGCUUUGUCAUGCUAGAGAAGUUGUGCUGUCCAAAGAAGAAAUGACAGCACUUGGUGCACCUUCGGAGUCAUCGGAACACCAGGAGCGCGAUACAGGAGAAAUCACUAGGUGGCGCGACGAUGUAUUAGAGACUGUCAAUUUGACCCAAGAGGGUGAUUUUGUGGCUCUGAAAUUCACAGGCGCAGGACGUCAGGCACUACAGCACCUUCGAGCAACCACUCCAUGCGCCCCAGCCCUUCGCGACGCAGUGCAUGAUAUUUGCAAGCUGGCUCAAAAACGAGGCGUCUCACUCAUGUUUGAUGCCGAAUAUGCCUGGCUACAGGAUGGAAUUGACAAUUGGACCAUGUACUAUAUGAAGCAUUACAACAAGGAAAGAGCAGUAGUUUAUGGCACGUACCAAGCGUACGCUAAACGAGCUCCGGGACUGCUUGCUCGACACCUGGCUGAAGCUCAAAAGAAUGAUUUUGUGCUUGGUGUCAAACUAGUCAGAGGGGCUUAUAUGGGUUCUGAUCCUAGGGAACUUUUCUGGGAUUCCAUUGAAGACACCCACAAAUGCUAUGACAAUCUCGCAGCUUGUGUCAUGAGGAGGAAGUACGACGGUCUCUUACAAGCCGCGGAGGGUCAGUCGCCCGAGUUCCCUAGAGUCGAGCUCAUGCUGGCCUCCCAUAACCAUGAGUCUGUCCGCAAAGCCCAAGCUAUACGAGAUCAGCAAGCAAAGUCAGGAGAGGAGAGGAUACGGAUGACCUACGGUCAAUUGAUGGGCAUGGCCGACCAUGUUUCCUGUGAGAUAGUCCAGCAAGCCAACACUCGAGGAACCGACAUCACGCCUACAACGGAGAUACCACACGGUGUGAAAUACUUGACCUGGGGCAGUCUAGGGAUUACCAUGAAAUAUCUGCUGCGACGGGCUUACGAGAACCAGGAUGCCGUAUCUAGGACUAUCGAUGCUCGGAAGGCGUUAGGCAGAGAGAUCGCUGUGCGCUUGGGACUUGCGCGAGCAUGA